CGUAUGACUACAACAUUCGCCGUGGCCAAAAAUCUUCACCAUGAUGCGAACCAAAAUAACGAAACCAUUCUACAGCGACCCGUUGGAAAUGUGGCUGUGGUCGGCAACAAAACCAAUCAAUUAUUUUAAGUUUGCAAAUCAUGCCGCAAGUGACUAUCGAUCCGGACUCGGGUUGCCGCGGGUGAGGGUGAACCUAAGCGCAACGCCUAUUGACGCCGCGAUAUCUGUCGAGGGUGACCACCAAACAGAUGAAACCGUAGCUGGCGAUGGGACGGCACUCAACAAUUAUUGGGCUCUGUUGGCCAUUGUGCUGGUGUUUGGCACCGCGGCCGGAAACAUUCUCGUCUGUUUGGCCAUCGUUUGGGAGCGGCGGCUGCAGAAUGUAACCAACUACUUCCUGAUGUCGCUGGCCAUCACCGACCUAAUGGUGGCCCUCUCGGUGAUGCCACUCGGCAUUCUGACGCUGGUGAGAGGCUACUUUCCACUGCAAUCCGAGUACUGCCUGCUGUGGAUCUGCCUGGAUGUGAUGUUCUGCACUGCCAGCAUCAUGCAUCUGUGCACCAUUUCCGUCGAUCGAUACCUCUCGCUUCGAUAUCCGAUGCGGUUCGGGCGAAACAAGACCCGGAAACGGGUGGUACUGAAAAUCAGCUUCGUAUGGCUGCUAUCGAUUGCGAUGAGUUUGCCAUUAAGCCUAAUGUACUCGAAGAACCAUGCCUCGGUGCUGGUGGAGGGCACCUGUCAGAUUCCGGAUCCGGUGUACAAGCUGGUCGGAUCGAUCGUCUGCUUCUACAUCCCUCUGUGCGUGAUGCUGAUAACGUACACCCUGACGGUACGGCUGCUGGCCCAGCAAAGUCAGAACCUGGGUGGUGCCGCCGGAGCCGUUGCCAGCGCCACCGGCAGUUGGUCGAGCGGGUGGCUUGGUCAGGCGCCUGCCUUCGAUCGACGAAAUACAUGGAAGCGGAUUAUUAAACUAAGCCUCCCGACGACGCCGAACCAUGCCCACUCGGCCGCGUCAACCGACACCGAGCUUUCAACGUUGGACAAUCAUGAUCUCUGGCUGCAGGAGUCCAGCAUUCCCGAACCAACGCCAUCGACCAUGACGGCACUGCACCAGUUCGGGGAGGAAAUGCUCAAGCUUUCGCGUGGCCUGGAAACGGUCCGAGGCAAAAAUUUCAACACAAUGCAAAACGGUCAACAAUCCCGUGAAAGUGGCUGCCCCACCGCUGCCGCCUUGCCAGUCACUGCCGCCAGCAACGAGAACAGAAGUGGACCCGGGACUGAUGCUGAUGGAAAAAAGUUUCCUUUCAGGAAAAAGUCCUUCUGCCAAUCAACGAAACCUUCAUCGCUGAAGAAACGUCGCAGCUCAACGUCAGCGUGGAUCAAUCGUCGCAACUCGGUUACGCCUCCCUCGACGGUGGUGCGCAAACGUUUCAAGAGUCUUCCCUUUGCAGUGGGCCCACCGGAAGGAACCGAUCCGGAAAUCACGGUAGACGAGUUCUUCCUCCAGGAAGCACUCGCACAACGCAGCAAAGAAAGCGCUUACCGGCACACCGAUGAGGAUCCUUCGCAGGCAAUGACCGAAAAUGACGACAGUAGCCGUAGCUACAGCGAAAUCAGCGAGGGAACAUCGCUUAACCCGCUGAAAUUGCCCCCACCCUGUAAGUGUCCGUACUUUGGCGAGGGCUGUAGCAAGCAGCAGUACGAAGGAAUCCGGCCAGCCGAGAUAAAAAUCGUCAAAACCACCUCGAACUUUAGCUCAAUCUCGAACUUUGAUACCCACGUCUAUAGCAAUAUCUCGACCCGAUCGACCUCGAGUAGUUUAUCGACAUUGCCGGCAUCUUCGGUGGUGUCUCCAAAUAAAAAAGGCAACAAUUUGAAAAGCGUCUCGGUGGUGACGUGGGAUUCACGCCGCCAUCAACGGCGUGGAUCGAGUUUCGGUGGGGCACGAACAUCCUUGUUGUUAACACCGACGAAGCCCAGCGUUUCGAGUACAUCUCUGCGACGCUCGGCAACGUUGAGGCAUCACAAUGAAAGUACACCGUCGAUCGUUGUAUCGGGAGUCCCAAAGAAGAACAGCUCGUCACCGUGUCUGAUUCAAAGGCAAACCACUAUUCGGUCCCAUCACUCCCGGAACUCCAGCGUCAUAUCGCGGAACUCCUCGCGCCAUGGACGCAUCAUUCGUCUGGAACAGAAGGCAACCAAGGUGCUGGGGGUGGUAUUCUUCACCUUCGUGAUACUGUGGGCUCCGUUCUUCGUGCUGAACCUGCUGCCGAGCGUAUGCCAGGAGUGCGAGGAAAGCAUCAACCACUGGGUGUUUGAGUUUGUGACCUGGCUCGGAUACGCCAGCAGUAUGGUCAAUCCGAUUUUCUAUACCAUUUUCAACAAGGCGUUCCGGGAUGCCUUCAAAAAGGUGCUACUCUGCCGGUACGGUUCGAAGCCGACCUGGCAACCGAGCAGCUAGCAGCACUGCAUUGCUCAUUCCCGUACGGUGGCUGUCUAGUACUGAGAGCUCUCUGGUGCGCCAAAUACCACGUCCACUUCCCUUUUCCGAAGUGGGCUCGAUGUUGCACUUACUAUUUUUCUAUCAAAGGUAGCACUAGAGAAUUUUUUACGAAGAAACUUAAGAGAUGUUGUCGUGUGUUAGAGGAAAAAUAAA